GUGGACAUGAUGGGGAGGACGCAGCAAAACACGACUUAAAAGUAUCAAAAACUACUUUUAAAGUGACCUAUGUGAUGGUUGAAGCUUCCCCCGGCAUGCAUUAGUGUCUCACAGGGAACCAGCAACUUCUGCAGUCUUUUUCUCACUCAUUUGAAGCCAGUCUGUGGAGGAUGUCAGCCCCGAGCAACUCUCUGCAGCAGCCCAGGGUGAGACGCAGCAAUGCGGGCUCCCCCUGCAGCUCCAGCAGCUGUCGGCUGCAGCCCAUCCGUGCCACCGUGCCCUUCCAGCUCCUGUACGGUGGAGGUGGAGGAGGUGGUGGAGGUGGUGGAGGAGCCACGACCAGCAGCAGAGGAUCCAGCCCCCCCUCCAGCCCGUCACUCAAUGCAAAGCAAAGACUGUCCCCUGAGAAUAAGGACUCCUCCUGUCCUCCAGACUCUCCAGUGUCCAGAGCAGAAAGGUCCAAGCUACAGGUACGGAGCUCCAGUGCCAUCCGGCGGACAUCUUCCCUGGACGCCAUCACGGGGCCUUACCUCACCGGCCAGUGGCCUCGGGACUCCCAUGGACCCUACCCUUCCUGUAUGAAAGACAAAGCCACACAGACUCCAGGUCUCUGGAUUGAUGAGGGAGCAGAACAGGGGAGUCCUCACCAGCGGUCAGCCUCCUGGGGCAGCGCAGACCACCUCAAAGAGCAGAUUGCUAAACUGAGACUGCAGCUGCAGCGCAGCAAACAGGUCAGCCGUCAGAACAAAGACAGGGAGCAGAGCUCACUGCAGCUGCAGCAACAGGCGCAGCAUGGCACCGCAUGCCAACCCCAGUAUAAGGGAACUUCAUCAGCUCUGUCAACGAUCCCUGUGCCAAAAUCCCUCAUAUGCAGAGUGCCCAGCAGUGUGGAGGGCAUCAGCCACGAGCUAGAAAAUGUGUUUAUCAGAGAGAACUGGGAGCACGGGAUGCAGUCCAUGGACGUGGUGGACGGCCGCCGCGCCCCCUUCCAGCCGCAUCACUACAGCAGCAGUGGGGAGACGCGUGACACGGACACACAGGCCCCUUCGAGUGGCGACUCCAGCCCGUCGCCCCGCCCCCGCAGCUCUGACCACGCCCACUCCCCUGAUGGAAGCCCGUGCUCAGCAGAGGAUAUUGACAAAGAGAGUGUCUGCAGUUCUCCUCUCCCCAAGUUUGCCACAUCUCCCAAACCCAACAACAGCUACAUGUUCAAACGUGAACCUCCAGAGGGCUGUGAGAGGGUCAAAGUGUUUGAGGAGAUGGUGUCUGGCAAAUCAAAAGGCUUCCCUCUCUUCUCGUGCCCCGACAAAAACAAGGUGAACUUCAUUCCCAGAGGCUCCGCCUUCUGCCCCGUCAAACUCCUCUGCUCCUCCCUAUUCUCCCCCAUCUCUCCCUCGUCCUACUCCUCCGCCAACCCCGGUAUCCACGGCAACGACGGCCCGGGGCCUCAGGUGACCCCGACUCUGCCCGCUGCACCACUAGCUACCUUUCCGGCCUCCGCUGACUGGAGCGUCGACACAAGCACAAGCACAAGCACAGGCGUAAACGCAGACAACCGCACAGACGGCCAGAGCCCCGACACGGACGCCAUGAAAGACGGCUCGGCACAAGUACUGCUCACCAGCUAGUCCUCAGGUAUUCACAACCAGACCGCCCACAGCUGAGUCAUUACAGCGAGUCAGGUGGUAUGGCUUUAAAACAACAACAACAACAACAAAAAACACACAAAAAAAUAAUCCUUGCACUCCGCUGAUCCUAACGUUAGCCAGCAGGGAGUGGCCGAGGUCUAGAAACACAACGUAGGAUAACGGUACCGGCAUCCUGCUGCACAAGCUCGAUAGUUUGAUCAUUGUUGUUCCAGACUUCAGAGCGGCCCGACCUUGGGCACCGCCUCCAUUCCCCCGUCGCUAACCUAGCCUCCUCCUCUGUACCGUGACAACACCCAUAGCACAAAAUAGAUUUGCUUCCUUUUGCAAAUGAAAAGAAAAAAAGACUGCUCAAAUGAUCUUGUUAUGUGACAACGGCAGUUUUAUCGAGAUGAAAUACAAAAAGGAAAGAUCUUUCACCAGAGAAAGCUAUGAGGUAUCAGAGAAACAUCUACUACUCAUGUUAUCUAACCGGCUUGUUGGCUGUUUGUGCUAACAUCUAAAGUACAUAUAAGCAAGCUUUUUGACAGGACGGAGUAUUUAGCAUAUCAGGAUGUUCUACAAUCACAACAGCACAUUGCCCAACGUUAACCACAAUGUUUGCACUUGUUAAGACAUGGCUCCGAAUGAUACAGGCCGUGGCCUAUUAUUUUAAUCUUUAAUUUGUUUAUUUCAAAGCAUUUGUAGCACAUUGUCUUUUGUGAAACCAGCAGUCGCUUGAGUGCUCCACCCAACGAGCUUACAAGCUGAGACCUAGAUCUGCUUUUCUAGUCUGAUCACUAUUAAUAAGCUCGUUUCAGAAACGCAAACGUCAGCCGUUUUUUUUUCAGUGACCAAAUAACCAAUCACAAAGCACACGACACCCCCAAUUGCCUUGUUUUAACGCCCCACACUACACGGAACCAUAACUCAGGUCAUGUGGAAUGUACUUGCUUGGACUAUGUUGCCUUUGCCCAGUGUUUAUGACUUUCUUCUACUGAAAGACUUUCCAGUCUACUGCAGAAAUGAUAUAAAUGCUUAUUUCCCUCGAGAGGGAGUUUAUUACGGAGUGAAUCAACCGAUUGGUGUCACAUCUUGUGACCUGAUGACCUUUUGGGUUAACCUGUUCAGGUUAGAGUUUCAGGUGCUACGACACAUUCCAGAGAUCUACAUAAGCUACACCCCUCCCAAAUUGAGACGUUGACAGAUAUGUUGUUUGUUUUCCCCCUUUUUUUAUUAAACGUGUACCAAAGCAAAUUGCAAAACAAUGUCAGGCCUGUCACGUAUUUGGGACACAAGAGGAGCAACUUUUGUGCCAGAAGCAGAAUGUUUAUGUGCAUUUUGUUUAGUUUAUAACCAGUUCAGCGCCACAUAAACACUGGUUCAUAGUGUUUCAAACACAGGCGAUAAACAUUGAAACAAGCCUAAGCACUUACAUGGAAGUGAGAUGAUAAUCACUAUUUUUAUUUUUAGACCAAUUUGUAAGUUAAAACAAUCAGAACUUAAGUGUGCAAAUUUUUUUUUUUUGUUUGUUUGAAGUAAAGCUACACUAACAAGUUUUGUGUAAUCGGUUUUGCUCAAUAUACAGACCAACAGUUCCACCCCAACGUUACCUGCACAAGCUGUAUGCCCAGAACAUAUUAAAGAAAUAAAACAUGACCUAUCUAGACCACGUUAACGUUGAAUGGGAGAGAUAAACUAGUAAAUGUUUCAUUCCAAAACUUUGUUCUAUUGAGCCACUUGCACACAGAAAAUAAGACCCAUAUGCAACACAUUCCACACAAAUGAAAAACUCUCCUCGCCUUGCAGCUCUGAGUUUCAUUCAUACUAAUUCUGAUUUUUAUUCACAAGCUCAUUGUGCAGUGCAGUUAAGAAAUGGUUGCCAUGUUUGGCAAUGAUGAUUCAGUUCUCCUGUGUAUUACGCAUUUUUAUGUAGAUCUUGUGUGUUUUUUCUUUUUCUUUUUUUCAAUAAAGAAAACAAAAAAAAAAUCUCUUUUUGGA